ACAUAAACACUAUUCUAUUAUUGAUGGUGGCGAACAACAAUCAAGGAGUCUAGAUCCUAGUUUUAGAGAUCUUAGAUCUAUAAUCUAGUCUAGAUCUAGAAUAUAUAUCUAGACUCUAAAUCUAUUUAUUGAUUUACAUAGAUCUAUAUUUAGACCAAAGACUAGAUCAAUCAAUCAUAUUCAAAAUGCCUGAACGAGAUACAGAGGUAUUUUCAAAUCCUUUGCCUCCUUCUGGACACAGAGGCCAUGGCGAUGAUGGCAUGGAUGAUGAACAUCCACUUACCAAUGAGGACUUUCGUAAAAUGCUUAUGACCCCAAAGCCUUCAUCAUCAACGUCAUACAGUGAAACUGUUCGACAUGCAAGAAAAGAAGCUCCUGUUAAAGAAGAUGAGGCAGAAGAAGAAGAUGCAGCAACAAGAAGGAAGAAAAAGAAAAGUUACUAUGCCAAGCUCAAAAGAGAUGAAGAAGAAAGGCAAAAAGAACUGGAGGCUAAAUACAGAGAUAGAGCAAGAGAGAGGCGAGAGGGACAUAACAAAGAUUAUGUGGAGACAGAAGUCAUCAGUACUACUGCGGACUACAGGGCUGUGGCACCGGAUGCAAAAGCCAUUGAGAACUAUGCAGAAAGACGUAAACAGGUGAUUCAAGCAUCCAAAUAUUUGGGUGGUGAUAUGGAGCACACUCACUUGGUGAAAGGCUUAGACUUUGCUCUCUUAGAAAAAGUUCGAGCAGAGAUCCAAACCAAAGAAAAAGAAGAAGAGGAUUUGAUGGAAGCAGUUGUUUCACAACCAAAAGAAGAAGAAACUGGAGAAGAAAAAAUUGUUUUCAAGACAAAAUUAGGUAGAAACAUCUAUCGAACUUUGUUCAAGACUAAACUGCCACACAGGAAUGAGUUGUUUCUCCCUCGAAGAAUGGCUUACGUUAUAGACCUUGAAGAUGAUUUUGCUGAGUCAGAUGUUCCAGCCACACUUAUAAGAAGUAAAGCUGAUUGUCCAACUCUGGCAGCUACAACAACACUAACGACCAAUGAUAUCGUGAUCAAUAAACUGACCCAGAUCUUAUCCUACUUGCGACAAGGCAAAAGAGAAGCCAAGAAAUUAAAGAAGAAAGAAAAAGGAAAAGUAAAGGAAGAUGAAAAAGUUAGAACCACAGCAGUAGAAGAAAGCUUGUAUGGAGAAAUAGGUGAUUAUGAACCAGCAUUCAAUAAACCAAAGGAUAAAAAGGAUAAAGAUAGAAAAGAAAGAGAUGGAAAGACAGACCGUGAAAGAGACAGAGAUCGGGAUAGAGGCAGGGAACGAGAUAGAGAUAGAGACAGAAAUAGAGGCAGGGAGCGUGACAGAGACAGAGAAAGGGAACGAGACCGCAGAGAUCGUGAAAAAGAGAGAGAGAUGGAGCGUGAAAAAGAAAGAAGUGAUCGUUACAGGGAGACAGAAAAAGAACGAGUGCCAAAACGAUCCUAUUUUGAAAAGCCAGUUGAAGAGGAUGAAGUUAAAGAAAAAACUAAGCAGACGGCAAGUGAACUAGUGAAAUCAAUCAAUGACAGAUUCAAGGGUUAUGCUGAACUUGAGGAAGAGAAAGAAAAACUUAAAGUAGAGGCGGAGAAAAAUAGAUUGAUGAAACUGAAGGCCAAAACAGAUAUUGACAGCUAUGCUGAAUGCUAUCCAGGCAUGAUGGAGUCAGCAGAUGCUAUAGAUGAUUCAGAUGAAGAGGUUGAUUUUACAAAGAUGGACCAAGGUAAUAAAAAGGGUCCAGUUGGUAGAUGGGACUUUGACACAGCUGAGGAAUAUUCUGAUUACAUGUCCAACAGAGAAGCACUACCAAAGGCUGCAUUCCAGUAUGGUGUUAAAAUGUCUGAUGGGCGACGUACUCGGAGAACCGGACCCAAAGAUGAAAAGCAGAAACUAGAUCGUGAGCUGCAACAAAUUCAGCGCAUCAUUGACAAAAGAAAGCCAGGAGGAAGUGGUGGGGGCAGCGAACCCAAACAUCCCAAAUAUUGAUGUUUUGUGUGGAUAUGGGCAUUUUAUUUUGUCAGAAGCUAACCCUUGCAGCAUAACAUUGAGUCUCUUACAUGUUUACACUGAAUGAGUUUUGACUUUACCAUUGCAAUGACUUAAUUAAGUAGUAAGCACAGAGGCAUUUAAAGGGAUCAAUUAUUUUUACAUUUUGUAUGUGAUGUUAUUGAAUAGAGGCAAUACUCUGAAAGAAAAAAAGUUACACAUGAAUUGAGUCACCUUGUAUUUGAUAACUUGCUAUCUUGACAAACUUCAUACCACAAUUAUAUUUCUAAGCUUUUUGUUGGGAGAGAUUUUCUUUCACUUGAAACUCUUGCUGUCAUAAAGUUACAAAUUUAACCAGAGUAAAUAUAAAAUAAAUGUUGAGAUUCUAGCUCAUUAAACAUAUAUGUUAAAGGAAGAUAAUACCUAUCUUACAAUGUUGGACUAUACUUGUGUGUGUUUUAUAUAAAAACAAGAACAUUGGACAAUUUGGUUGCCUACAUUAGCAUAGUAUUUAACUGAUCAGUUUAAAUUUUUAUAAUUGUAAAGUGUCUGUUUUAUAUAAAAUGAAUGUCAUUUGUUAAUGUGAUUUUUGUUUUUCUAUUCUUUGUAUUGAAGUUAAAUAUUCAGCUUCAGACUUGAUAACAAUAAAUAUAAAUUGAUUUCUCA